AUGCAGAUCUUCAGGUCCUCAGGUAUUCAGGUCCUCGGGUAUUCAGGUCAUCAGGUAUUCAGGUCCUCAGGUAUUCAGAUCUUCAUGUCCUCAGGUAUUCAGGUCCUCAGGUCCUCAGGUACUCAGAUCUUCAGGUCCUCAGGUAUUCAGGUCCUCAGGUCCUCAGGUAUUCAGGUCUUCAAGUCUUCAAGUCUUCAGGUCCUCAAGUCCUCAGGUCCUCAGGUCCUCAGGUCCCCAGGUAUUCAGGUCCUCAGGUAUUCAGGUCCUCAGGCAUUCAGGUCCUCAGGUAUUCAGAUCUUCAUGUCCUCAGGUAUUCAGGUCCUCAGGUCCUCAGGUAUUCAGGUCUUCAAGUCUUCAAGUCUUCAGGUCCUCAAGUCCUCAGGUCCUCAGGUCCUCAGGUCCUCAGGUCCUCUAGUCCUCAGGUCCUCAGGUCCUCAGGUCCUCAGUUAUUCAGUUAUUCAGUUCCUCAGGUUCUCGGGUCCUCGGGUCAUCGGGUCCUCGGGUCCUGAGGUCAUCGGGUCCUCGGGUCCUGAGGUCAUCGGGUCCUCGGGUCAUUGGGUCAUCGGGUCCUCGGGUCAUCAGGUCCUCGGGUCAUCGGGUCAUCAGGCCUCCACCUCCUGUUCACCACCAGGCCUCCACCUCCUAUUAACCACCAGGCCUCCACCUCCUAUUCACCACCAGGCCUCCACCUCCUGUUCACCACCAGGCCUCCACCUCCUGUUCACCACCAGGCCUCCACCUCCUGUUCACCACCGGGCCUCCACCUCCUAUUCACCACCGGGCCUCCACCUCCUGUUCACCACCGGGCCUCCACCUCCUGUUCACCACCGGGUCUCCACCUCCUGUUCACCACCAGGCCUCCACCUCCUGUUCACCACCAGGCCUCCACCUCCUAUUCACCACCAGGCCUCCACCUCCUAUUCACCACCAGGCCUCCACCUCCUGUUCACCACCAGGCCUCCACCUCCUAUUCACCACCAGGCCUCCACCUCCUAUUCACCACCAGGCCUCCACCUCCUGUUCACCACCAGGCCUCCACCUCCUGUUCACCACCAGGCCUCCACCUCCUGUUCACCACCAGGCCUCCACCUCCUGUUCACCACCGGGCCUCCACCUCCUGUUCACCACCGGGCCUCCACCUCCUGUUCACCACCAGGCCUCCACCUCCUGUUCACCACCAGGCCUCCACCUCCUAUUCACCACCAGGCCUCCACCUCCUAUACACCACCAGGCCUCCACCUCCUGUUCACCACCAGGCCUCCACCUCCUGUUCACCACCAGGCCUCCACCUCCUUCACCACCAGGCCUCCUCCUCCUGUUCACCACCAGGCCUUCACCUCCUGUUCACCACCAGGCCUCCACCUCCUGUUCACCACCAGGCCUCCACCUCCUAUUCACCACCAGGCCUCCACCUCCUGUUCACCACCAGGCCUCCACCUCCUGUUCACCACUAGGCCUCCACCUCCUUCACCACCAGGCCUCCACCUCCUGUUCACCACCAGGCCUCCACCUCCUGUUCACCACUAG